ACGGAUUUUUGUCUACAGUAUUUGAGCAUUCUUGCGUCCUUGCAACUGCCGCCACACCAAAGCGACUUAAUUGUCUGCGAUCUUCACAAUUGAGGCAGACCUGCGGACUUGGCAAAAAGCAGAAUGCGUAGAAUCACAGAGUGCCUAUGCGGCCCAGUUCUGCUAUUCCCUUCAACGCAGACAAAAACAGUGGCUGGUAGCCCGAGUACUUUGAAUUAUGACCUCAUUGCCCAUGGUAAUGGGGUUGUAGUAAAAAGCCAUCAACAAGCCGGGGUUGAAGAUGGAUCCUACCCUGCAAAUGCAAAUUGCAUUUUGGCGACCGAGUGGGGCACAGGUCCGGCUUAACUGUGGCUGAAAUUUGUCCUGUCGGCCAGCUGGAGCUUGGAGCUUGGAGCUUGGAGACCCCACGAUGCGUGUCGCAACACACGCCGUUGACGAAUUGGCUGGACCCUCGUCCGCACCCGUGCUAUAGACAUUUCUCACCAUGUCUAACAACAUCCAGGAAGAGGACACCUCUUACAUUGACUACGAGACCUUUUUGGCUCCCGAUUUUAGCCCCUCCGCUUUUGCCAACAGUCUCGUCCUUUCGACCAACAAUCCCAAUGACUCGCCGCUUGAUCUCUCGACGCCUCUCUCGAAAGUGCUUUUUGACAUACAAGAGAUCGACUCUCAUAUCGACCAGCUGACUACACGCGAAGCCAUCCCCCUCCUCUCGCACACACAAGAGCAAACCGCUGCAAGUGGUCGGAUAGUGGGGGAGAUUGACGGGCAGGUCAAGUCGCUGAACGAGAGCUACAAACAGCUGGAAAAGGAGGUCAUCCAGAAGCAUGCCGAGGCAGACACAGUCAGGCAGGUCGCCUCGCGACUCUGGGAGACUCUGAGGAUAGGGAGGUCGGUAGGCCGCUGUCUGCAACUGGGUCGACAUCUCGAGAUCCAGUAUGCAGAGCUAUCAGCCUCUGGCAGGAAAGAGGACCACCGCAGCCUAGUGCGUUGCGCACACACGAUACUUUCUCUGAGGGAAACGUUAGAGUAUAAGGCGCCUGGGGAGGAGGGUCAUGGCCUCGAUCGUGUCGAUGCGAUUCGCUCCCUCCAGGAAUUCAUCAUCUUGCCGGUUGAACGGUCCGUAUGUGAAGUCUCGGAGCGAAUCGUACGCGAGUUCUCCAUGGCCUCACCUCCUUCAGUUUCCGGCGGUACGUCUGCCGGCGGCGCGACGUUUGCUCAACUGGAGGAGGCAAAGGCUCGCAUGGUCUCGGCGUUGAUCACGCUUUACCUGCUCUCCCCAACGACGCUGGCCAAGAAUGAGAAGUGGAGUCCUAUCAGCAUGCUCCAGGCUUUGGACAUGUAUUUGCGCUCUGCUCUGCAGAGCAGCGUAGCAUCUCUUGCGCGAUCAUUGGCCGCUCUGCCUACUUUAGAGCGGACGCUGGCAGAGAUCAGCGCGCGCUGCCAAAACAUUGUCGCUCUCGAGCUGGUCCUGGAAUCCACCAAGACCCCUCCGCACCCGCUCAAGGCUCAAAUGGGUGCUGGAGCUGCCAGCGAGAAGAGCGUAAACCUGCUGCAGUUCUUGCUGGCUUAUUUAGAGACGGGAUCUUUGGCUUCUUACUUCUGGAGGACGCUGGCAAGUAGCUUGUCAACCAGAGUACAAGAAAUAAUGAACAGGGGAGGCGUAUCGGCACGAACUCUCAGGUCGAACAAGACUGCUGUCGGUGACGCAAUCCGGGAGUGCGUGCUGAGGGGAGCACAGCUGCCUGGUUCUGCCGUGGCGGCUGGCUCAUCCUCGAAGAGUAAAAUGAACACUGACAACAGCAAUGGCUGGGAUCGAGAGGUUGCCGUUAUGGUGGCCAGUGUAGUGAACAAUAUCACCAGAUAGUCCAGUCAAUUUUGAAGCCCUCCAUCGGUUUCAGUCAAGAACACCAAUCCAUAUACCUAGCUUGAUUUGACGCACCAACUACUUGCAUCAGUGAGUGGGCCGAAUAUUUUGCUGUGAAUAUACUCCGGUAACCUGCUCACUUGAAAUCAAUAACUCCUGAGGUACGUUUUCUUUGGGCACACGCAAAUGGCGU